CCCGUCGCAACAGCGCACGAGCCGAUGAACCUACUGGCGUCAAUGGCUUAUAAAAAAUACUAGUAAAUUAAGGGAAACGAAAAAAAAAAUGGAUUCAGAAGAAACAUCGGACAUAUAGCGCACUACAUUAAAUCAAAUACGUCGUCCGGUGGAGGGCAGUUGUAGAUUAAUUUGAUUCAGUGUUUUGGGCUGCUGAUCCAGGAGGAAGCAGACGGUCAAUUGGAAGGUUUCGAUCAGCUUUACAAGCCUGAAUCAUGCUGCUGGGCUUUUGGUUGGUGGUUGUGAUCCUUAUCCACGCCGUUUCCACAGAUGUUGUCCCUCCUCCGGCGAACGUGAAGGUGAACUGCGCAAAUCGGAAGACCACUGUCAGCUGGGAUUACAGGAGAGAGCGACCGCAAACCACUUUCAGAGUAAACAUCAAAGGACCUAAACUGGAUGAAGUGGUUAAUACGGCCGAUCAGCUUUAUGAUCUCACUCAUUCUGUAUGGCAAUCUGGGCAACACUACUUGAACUACCUGGUCGUCACAGUAACGGCUGUACAAGGAGGCAACGAGUCUGAAGCGGUGUCAUCGGAGUCCUUCUCCUUCAACGACUUGAAGACGGUCGAUAAAAAAUGUGUUUUACAGUUUCCUCCAUGGGAUGUCGACGAGGAUAAGAAGAGGAAAGGGGUUACAGUGAGUUUCGAGAAUCCCAUCCACUUCUAUAAGGAACUGAAGAAGGACGCUGAAGACCUUGAAUUCCAUUUCAGCAUAAUUACAAAUCAGAUGCAACAGAAUGUGUCAUGCACAAGGAGUCAAAUUACCUGUAAAGGCGACGUAAAAUUUCCUGAGGGGGUGAAGAAGUGCGUCAGGCUUAAAGGACAUUUUACCACAAAUGGUGUACCUCAAGUAAUGUUUCAAGAGACUCCUAAAAACUGUACCCCUGAGAACAAUUUGGUUGUUCUUACUGUUGUACCGCUGUUUGUCCUCGGCCUUGCAAUCAUCGGAAUAGUGAUUCUCAUCUGUCUGGUUAAAGCCUGGACUAUGGAUAUACCCAAUCCUAAAUUUUUGGAUAUUGAUGAUAAAUGCCAGGACCCUGAAAAGCGUAUCCUCUAUCCCGAAGCCCAGAACGGUCAGAUUUCUUCGCUCCAAGUACACAAGAAUUGCCAGCAGACUUUUGAGGACGACAGUGCCAGCUCUGUAACCGAUUCCCGUGCCAGUUUGUUGUACGCUGAAAGGGGUAAUUUGUGUCCCGAUGGUGGAUACAGAUCAGGCAUUGAGUCUUCAAAUGAAUCGGUGAACGCUGCAUGCGAAGAGGAGGACAACCAGUCUGUGUCGCCGUAUGACCGCCCUCACGUCAUGCAGAUGGACUUGGGGGAUGGAGACAUGGUUGAUGUUUACCGCCGGUGAUGGACUGAUUAAAGUGUAACAGGUUUUUUUUUUUUUUUUUUUCACUUCCAACACUGGCUGAUGAAUGUACAAAAUACACAAAGCUGGAACAUUGAGGGACCCAAGUGCCUUGUUGUGGAUUGUUUUAGGAGGGAACUAUCCAAUAAGGUCUUUAACUGAAACAGUUCUUGCAUCAGAGCAAAUGUGAAUCUGAAAUAGUAAGAAGUCCUCAUAGGACACAGUGGAAUGCUGCACCGUCAAUUCUGGGCCAUUGAGCUACUUGGAAAAAACACAGAAGAUUCAGGGUUGCCUGUCAAAAUGUCCUGCCGCUCAGCAAGCAACUUUUUGUGUGACUUUUCAUCUUUUAAAUAACUGCCACAUUUCCCCUUUUUUUCAGAUUGAAUGAAAACGAAAGAGUGGACACAGCAAUGUGACCAGCUGGUUAUUACUAUGUCACCUACCGUCCUUUUUUGAGGCAGGAUCUGUGUGGAGAUGACAUCAUUAUUGUUUUUGUUUUUUUUUAACUGUAAAUGGGAGUGUACAAAUGAAUGUAGAUUUUCUUUGAUGAAUAUUAAGCUGCUAAGGAAUACAAAGAAGGCAAGAAGGUAAAGUUCUGUUUUGCCUAUAGAAUAUUUAUACUACUGUUUUAGGGACGGCUUACUCAGACUAAUGCAUUGUAAAUAUUUCUUCCAUUAAGUUGUAUCAUACCAUGGAUGAGUUGGUCAGUUCCUGAUAUUAUGAUAAGGGGUCAGUGGAAUAGGUUGUUGCAUGAAAUGUUCAUUUCUUAUAAACUGCAUUGAUGUAUUUUUUUUUUUUUUUUUUUUGUAUUUGUUUUUUCUGAUGAUAAAUGUUUAUUUUUUACAAAGGAUGUUUUUUGCCUCUCUUUUUUUCAGCU